UUUAAGAUCAAAGUCGCCAUAUUGGUAACUGUCUAAUCGAAAAUUUAAGUAAGUAAAUAUAGGAUUAUCCACGUAUUACUUUCAUCUUUUCAAUAAUUAAUAUUCUCAUCGAGUUCUCCAUCGAUUUUCGUAAUCUACAGAGCUUUUCGAAACAGAAAGGAGAACAUUGCUGAUAUCAAGAUGUCAGUUUUAAAUCAAAGUGGAGAGGAGCAGGUGGAAUGUCCCCUUUGCAUGGAACCACUGGAAGUUGAUGAUCUAAAUUUCUUCCCAUGUACCUGUGGUUAUCAGAUCUGUCGCUUUUGCUGGCAUAGAAUUAGAACGGAUGAAAAUGGGUUAUGUCCAGCCUGUCGAAAAGCAUAUUCGGAAAACCCUGCUGACUUCAUACCGUUGUCCCAGGAACAGGUGGCAAAGUUGAAAUCGGAGAAACGCCACCGUGACCAACAACGCAAGGCCAAGCUGAGUGAGAGUCGAAAACAUCUGGCUAGUGUUAGGGUAGUACAACGGAACCUAGUAUUUGUUGUGGGACUGCCAAUGAGGCUAGCCGACGCUGAAGUACUCAAACGUCAUGAGUACUUUGGAAAGUUCGGCAAGAUACAUAAGGUAGUCAUUAACCAGUCAACAUCAUAUGCUGGGUCGCAGGGGCCCAGUGCAAGUGCCUAUGUAACUUACAUGAAGAGUGAUGAUGCCUUAAGGGCGAUACAAAGUGUUAAUAAUAUAACGAUAGAUGGUAGACUGAUCAAAUCGAGUUUAGGUACCACAAAAUAUUGUUCACAUUUUAUGAAAAACCUGACUUGUCCCAAGCCAGACUGUAUGUAUCUGCACGAUUUUGGAGACCCGGAGGCUAGCUUCACAAAGGAACAAAUGCAUGCCGGGAAACAUCAGGAAUAUGAAAAGAAACUACAUGAAAGUCUAGUUUUACGUGCAGUUAAUAACAACAAUCAACUUCCAGAAAGUAGCAAACCAAGUGUACCCAUACCUACUAUUAACAACCCUGUUGGUAGCUCUAAGUCGUCUUCCAAAGAGAAUAUAACGACACUAUCAAGCAGUGUUAGCAGUAGUAGUAGUACAACAUCUAAUAGCAGUGGAACAAACAAAGAAGGUUGGCCUCAUUUAAAUACUACUGAUAAAGAGAAAAAAGAAAAAGAAAGAGGGAAAAAAAAUAAAACCAAGGGAAAUAGCAGUGAUUCAACUAGUAAAAAUAGGAAAGAAUUAUGUCAAGGUAAAAUUGACAGCAGAGUGGAAAGAACAUAUAAGGCAUAUGGAACAGUAGAAAAUCACGCAUCAUCCCCUCUUAGAGAAUCUGAAUCUAUACCCACACCUCCUUCGUUAUUAGAAACUCAUACAUCUCUGACAAAACUGCCACCUUUGAUAGAUGAUAAUACAAGUUUCUUCUCGUUGAAUUCCUUCCAAAAAGUAUCGCCCAGUCAUCCAGAUGAACAGACAGAUAAUGAGAAUGAUCCCUCCCAUACAAAUAUUCUGACGGAUGUAUUACCAAACAUUAACACUACGGAAGACUGGGCUGCUGCGUUUGGGUUUGCUAGGCAUACAGAACCAAUUAUAGAAGGAAAGAAGGAAGAUCUAGUUAGAAUGGAGACUUCGGGAAAAGGAUUUAGCCAAUUAGACCAUGACCCCGCUUAUUGUAAAAGAAUGGAGUCAUAUAAUGGUUUCUAUGACAUGUCCCCCAAAUUGGAAAAUAAUUUGAUGGACAUAUUGUCCAACAAAAUACCCAAUGGCUUCUCUGAUUUUAAACAGGAUCAUUCCCAAACCAACUCUGGACCGUCUCACAAUGCGAUGAAAGACCUUGAUCAGAACAUGUCAAAAUUCUUCACAGACUUUCACAAAAACAACAAAGAACUUGGGACUCUCGGCGGGCAGCAGCAACAAUUCCCCAAUGGAUUCAACGGUGUCCAGCCUAGUUAUUAUUCAGGUGUACAAAAUAAUGCUGACCGCCUAUUAUUAUUGCAACAGAAACAGUUGGAGGAGCAGUUGAUGAACCUCAGUCUGAAACAUGGUUAUGCUAGUGGCCCUGGUUCUACUUAUCAAAAUGGUGUUAAUCCUCAACCUUUUAUGAAUGGCGAGAAUAGAGGCUUCAAUGAAUAUCACGGACAUAUGUAUGAAAAUUCAAAUCUUAAACAGAAUACACGGACUGCAGAAGACGAUUUAGGUUUUGAUCCUUUCCAAGAAACACAAAAGGCUUUGGCCGAAAUGAUAGCAAGUGAACAGAAUCAUAAAACACAAAGUACAGGUCAUAGUCAAUUGAAUGGUUUAGUUCAUAAUCAAAAUAAUAGUCAUUUACCACCACCACCAGGUUUUGUACAGCAAAAUUCUCAUAUGAACUCAUUCGGUAGCAAAAUAUUACCUUUCCUGAAUAUGUCUAGAAGUCCACAACACAUGAACAUCAGUUCAACAUCAAGUAAUUGGCCUAGUAGUUUUAAUCCUCAGUUACAGCAGCAGCAACAACAGAAAACUAUCAAUAAUACUUGUAAUGAUUGGAAGAUAUUAGAUCCAGCCAUACUUUCCUCGAGCCGUCAUUAUCCCAUAGCAAAUAUGCCUCAAAUUCGAGAUCAUUAUCAAGAUAUAUCACAAGUAGGAACACAACAAAAUGGGGCCCCUUUAAGGCCUUUUGACUUCACAAAUAAUGCAUUCUCAAAUUUCACACAACAGUUACAGCCAAAUUUCAAUAAUUUCUCACAUAUAAAUUCACAACAGGGCCUGAAUUGGUUUAGUAAUGAUUUGAAUCCACAGAUAUCCAGCCCUCCGGGUUUUAGAAAUAACCAAGCUACCAAACAGCAAGAGUGUUGAAUAAAACAGUCAAAUUUGAUGCGAAAAUUGUAUGGGUCACUUUCAUUUUAGAUUCUAAAUAAAUCAAUUUCAAAAAUGACUAUUGUCGUUGACUUUUGUUUGUCGAUUUAUUAUUUUAAAAUUGAUUUUCAUUUAUUUGAUGUGUUAUUUAUUAUUCAUUGUUGGAAACUUAUAUUUAGUUGUAACAAUUUCAGCUAAUUUGAUUUUAUUUAUUCACAAAUAAUUUCACUAGUUAUGACAGUAUUCAAUACUUGAGACAUGAAUAGAUAGAUGUGGAAAAAAUUUAUGAUGAGCUGAAAACCAUUAUUUAUCAUUUUAAUUUUUUAUGAAAGAACACCAUUGUUUUCUGCUGCUCAAAGAAACCUCAAACAAAAUGACAUCGAUGUGAAAUUUGGACAUUUUAAUAUUUUGUGCAAUGUGCAAUAUUAAAUUUUAUGGAACUGUAAAUGAAUUUAUGAAAUUUGUUGUUGAUCCCAUACUAAAAAUAAUUUUUCUGAAGUAUAUUUUCCCUGAAUACUCCUAAGUACUUCAUUCUGUUAGAUUAUUUGUGGGUUCUUGGCCAACAACUUCAGGAGACAAGUAAAGCUAAUAUCUUAAUUAUUAUUGAAUAUAUGAAAUACAACAGCUAAAUAUAUUAUGAAACGAU